GUCAAUCGAACGAACCCCACUGGGGAUCCUUCCCUUCCCCUCCCCGUAUGCACGAAUGUAUCUCAACAACGCGGGGGAGAGGAUCGACAUCCUCUGCAGCGAAGUAGGGGUUGGCUGGUGCACUACAUUGAACUUCGACAAAUCUCAUCCAAGACAAGUGGCAAUGCAUCAGAAGCGGACAGUAAUCUUCAAAAUCGGUAACAUUUUUUCUGUGCAAAUGAGUAUGAUUUUUGUCCAGUUUUGCGUUGGCUCUGCUAUAUGUGGUGGAAAUAAUUUGAAGGUUGCAAGCAUGUUUAUGGUGCACCUGCUAGAUCCU